UGCUGGGGGCUUCUCUCACUGGGACUUGGGACUCCCGGGAAGUGGACCAGCAGAGGAGGGGGCAAUCUAGCUGUCGCUGCGGACCGCGUACUAGACCCCCGGCGUGAGGUGGCCUCGCAGGGCCCGGUGGGCUGGCUAGCUGACGUGGCCACGGAGGAGACUCUGAAGAGUGCGUGAGACCCGGGCACGGACGGAAGAACUAUGGCCCCGCAGAAUCUGGGAACCUUCUGCCUGUUGCUGCUGUACCUCAUCGGGGCCGUGAUCGCCGGGCGAGAUUUCUAUAAGAUUUUGGGGGUGCCUCGAAGUGCUUCUAUAAAGGAUAUUAAAAAGGCCUAUAGGAAACUAGCCCUGCAGCUUCAUCCAGAUCGGAACCCUGAUGAUCCACGAGCCCAAGAGAAAUUCCAGGAUCUGGGUGCUGCUUAUGAGGUUCUGUCGGAUAGUGAGAAACGGAAACAAUAUGAUGCUUAUGGUGAAGAGGGAUUAAAAGAUGGUCAUCAGAGCUCUCAUGGAGACAUUUUUUCACACUUCUUUGGAGAUUUUGGUUUCAUGUUUGGAGGAGCCCCUCGUCAGCAAGACAGAAAUAUUCCAAGAGGAAGUGAUAUUAUUGUAGAUCUAGAAGUUACUUUAGAAGAAGUGUAUGCAGGAAAUUUUGUGGAAGUAGUUAGAAACAAACCUGUGGCGAGACAGGCACCUGGCAAACGGAAAUGCAACUGCCGGCAGGAGAUGCGGACCACCCAGCUUGGUCCCGGGCGCUUCCAGAUGACCCAGGAGGUGGUCUGUGAUGAGUGCCCUAAUGUCAAAUUAGUGAAUGAGGAACGAACACUGGAGGUAGAAAUAGAACCUGGGGUGAGAGAUGGCAUGGAGUAUCCCUUUAUUGGAGAAGGUGAACCUCAUGUGGAUGGGGAACCAGGUGAUUUACGGUUCCGAAUCAAGGUUGUCAAGCAUCCAAUAUUUGAAAGGAGAGGGGAUGAUUUAUAUACAAAUGUGACAGUCUCACUAGUUGAGUCUCUUAUUGGCUUUGAGAUGGAUAUUACUCACUUGGAUGGUCACAAGGUUCAUAUUUCCCGGGAUAAGAUCACUAGGCCGGGAGCUAAGCUGUGGAAGAAAGGGGAAGGGCUCCCCAAUUUUGACAACAACAACAUCAAGGGCUCUUUGAUAAUCACUUUUGAUGUAGAUUUUCCAAAAGAACAGUUGACAGAGGAAGCAAAAGAAGGUCUCAAACAGCUAUUAAAACAAGGAUCAGUGCAAAAGAUAUACAAUGGACUGCAAGGAUAUUAAGAGUGAAUAAAAUUGGACUUUGUUUAAAAUAAGUGAAUCAGCGAUAUUUAUUAUCUGCAGGGUUUUGUUUUUUGUUUUUGUUUUUUUUUUUGUAUGUUUUGUUUUUAUUUUCAAUAUGCAAGUUUGGCCUAAAUUUUUCUUCUAAUGAUUGUCAUGAAAUGAAUAAGGGGGUUGAAGAAUUUGUCCAUUUGCAUUCAGAAAAGAAUAACCAGCAAAAGGUUUAAUAAUACCUCUCCCUUUGGGGUUUUAAUGUCUGGUGCUGCCACCCGAGUUUCAAGAAUUAAAGCCUCAAGAGAACUUCAGGAGCAAAAGAAACUCAAUAGAGAGGGUUGAAGCUAAUUGUUAGCUAUUUCAUUCAAAAUGCCAACUGGAGAAGUCUGUUUUUAAAUACAUUUUGUUGUUACUUU